CUUUUGGAUAGCGAGAGCUCAAGGGGCUUACUCAACAUUACACCAGAAGUCCUAGAAGGGCUGAAGGAGAAACACCCGGAAGCAGCAGAUAUCGCGCAUGAGAGUUUAUUUUACGGGCCCAUUGAUUAUAUUCCUCCUGGCUUUUUUGACUUGUUCGACGAGAAAACGAUCUUUGAUGCUACAACCAAAACAAAGGGUUCAGCCGGGCCGUCGGGGAUAGAUGCCGAGCUAUAUCAAAGAAUCCUUUGCUCCAAGAAUUUCAAGGCUGAGGGCAAGGUUUUGAGAGAGGAGAUAGCCGUUUUCACAAGAGAUCUGUUAAAGAUCGUUUACCAUCCAUCUUUUCUAGAAGGCUAUACCUCUUGCAGACUCAUCCCCCUGGACAAAAACCCUGGAAUUCUAUUAACUGGCGUUGGUGAGGUCCUGAGGUGA